AUGUCUGUCCUCUCGGCCAAAGAGCUACCAACCCUCUCCCUCCUCUACAAGCUGGGCAAACUCAUCCCCGCUCAGGCUGGCACCAAGGUCCCAACGACCCUGAGCUUCAGAUCCACAGAGCCCAUUGCGCCAUCCAAAGCUCUCAACGACCGUGUCUGUCUCGUCCGGCACGACAUCACCAAGCUCGCCGUCGAUGCCAUUACCAACGCAGCGAACCGGCGCCUUCUUGGCGGGGGUGGCAUUGACGGCGCCAUCCACGCCGCCGCCGGCCCAGAUCUCCUCGCCGAGUGUCGCAAGCUCGGUGGCUGUGCAACGGGCUCCGCCAAGAUUACAGGUGCACACAGGCUCCCUUGUCAGAAAGUCAUCCAUGCCGUGGGCCCAAUGUACGACCUGGUCGAGCCGGAGGAGAGUGAGGAGCUGUUGACGUCCGCGUAUAACACGGUGCUGAACCUGGCGGUGGACAACGGAUGCAAGUCAUUGGCGCUAUGUGGUAUCAGCACUGGCAUCUACGGCUACCCUCCUUUCGAGGCUGCCCCUGUUGCGAUCUCGGCUGUAAAGAAGUUUCUGGAGGGUGAGAAGGGCCAAAAGCUCGAGAAAGUGGUGUUCGUCACUUGGGUAAAGCAGGACGUUGACUCGUACGAGGAGUUUUUGCCGUCAUCAACAACCGAUACGGCCGAGGCGGCCCAGGCCAAGGAGGUUGCCAGCAAGCUUCCUGAUGUGCCCAGAUCCGAGCCAGGUGACUCUGAACACCCUGAGAAAAAGCAGAAGCAGUAG